AUGGUACCCACUUUCGCUGAAACAACCACCACCGAAGUCUUCGAUAUCGUGGUCCUGAUUACAGUCACUGUCCUAACAACCUCGACCACCACCGCGACGGUCACAGAGGUCAGCGUCGAGACUUUCAUCCUGGCCGCGUGCAGGAAUCCGACCUUGCUAGGCAACGGCUACUAUCCUGACGUAAAACGCGAAUUCGACUUUGUGCCGAUCGGCACCGAUUACAUCCCUCAGCGCUGCUGCUCCCGCUGCUGGGCCACAUCAAACUGCUUACUCUGGGCAUGGACCGGCUUAAGUGGUAAAGGCGGUGAUGCCUGCUCCUCUGUCGUCCGGAAGACCGCCAUGGCCCCGGCGCCACCCGCACUGCAAGGCAUCUGUCCGUUGGGGAGAAAUCCGCCUCCGAAUAUUGUUAUCACUGACCUACCGAACCAAGGCGGCUUCUUUGCGGCCGGACCUUGCGAUACGGCGGGUAUACCAUUCGCUUGA